AUGACGUCAGCACAGCUUGCGGGCUGGCGCUCGGGCCAGCCCAGGUAUGUGGGCCCCACUGCUUGCCCUGGCAGCUUCUUGUUGCUGGAAACCACAUUUUGGGUUUGCCCUCCCCCCCGCCCCCCAACCCUCCCCUUGGGCCCCUUGCUACCAAUGCUGUUAGGUGAGGGCAACAAAAUGGGAUAA